ACUUUCAGAAACAAUUACAAUAAUAAUUAUUGAUUGUAACUCAUAUUGAUUUCCGCAGUUCAGUAGUAAGCUUUAGACACCGAAUCCUUCAAAAUGAUUGCGAAAUCAGCAUUUGUAUUAUCUUUACUUCUGUCAACUGUCAGUUGUCAUAUCGCGGAUGAAUAUCAUGAUUUUCACUUUGAAAUAAACGCGGAAUUGAAAGAAUGCACACCGCCAAUGGAGGAAGGACUCAUUGUGACGCCAUUCAAAAAAUCUUACGCUGAUGAGGAGAAAAUCACUUUAUCGUGCCAGGAAGGUUAUGAUUUGAGGGAAGGGCAUAAAAAUGCCACUUGCCAGGGAAUGACUUACGGGGGAUACGCAAAAUUUAAACCCACGAUUGGUCCCAGAAUAUGCACAAAAACGCCCAGAUGCGUCUUACCAAUCCAAGAAGGCAUUGUGGUUACACCUUUCAAAAUGUUUUACGAAGUCGGAGAAAAUAUUUCGGUGUCAUGCAUUGAUGGUUAUACUUUAAAUGGAGAUUCUGCUCUAACUUGUCAACGUGGAAGAAAUCGAUAUCAUUUUCAUAGUUAUUUCCCUGGAAUCUUAGACGAUGCAAGUUUCAAACUUAAAGGAAGAAACGCUUGUUCUAAGAUUGAAGACUGUCGUCCACCCAUUUACGAAGGUUUAACUGUCAAACCGUUUAAGCCAUUUUAUGGCCGUGGAGAAGAAAUAUUGUUAUCGUGUGACGAAGAGUAUGAGCUUGUUGGUGCAAAUAGUAGUAUGUGUGAUGAAACAGGAUCGUUCGAUAUCGAUGAUGGUAUAAAACAUGAUGGUUAUGACAACUGGGGUAUUUUUCGUUUCUCCUCGUCUCCCUGUAAGAAGAAAGCUACUUGUUCUGCUCCAAAAGCUCCUCAUACUGUUGUAACUCCUCUGAAGACCUCAUACACGAGUGGAGAUGAAGUUACGAUAUCAUGUGAGGAAGGAUAUGUGUUAGUUGGAUCAAACACAGCAGUAUGUGGAUAUCUAACUUCUUCUGUAUUCGACAUGAUGAAUCCUACUGGUCGAUUUGAACCUCCUAUCAGUAUGAGAACUUGCUCAAAAAAACCCAGAUGUUUUGCGUACAAAAAAAAGGGUGCAAUAAUAACCCCAGAAAAGGCUUACUACAUGGUGAAUGAAGUUAUUACCGUGACGUGUGAAGAAGGAUAUGAACUUUUUGAUCCCGAUGUCACUACAAGAACUUGCACUCAAUCGUCUCUGGGAAAUAAAUAUUACUCGAAAAUCAAAGCAGAAUUUUUACCUGAAAUGAACAAACCAAUGUGUAGAAAAAAACCAAGCUGCAAAUCACCUAAUCAACGAGGUGUUGUGCUGACACCAAGAAAGAAAGCUUAUGAUAUUGGCGAGUUGGUUGAAGUAUCUUGUGAAGAAGGAUACGAGUUGAAAAGAUCUAACGAAACUCUCUGCAAACAAGGCAGAGGACGACGCCGUUACAAUCGAAAGGAUGAUGCAGGACCAGGAGAAUUUUCACCAGAGAUUGAUAAUGAAGUUUGCGAAAAGAUACCAUCUUGUAGUCCACCAAGAGUAGAAGGACUGACUGUGAAGCCAGCCAAAAGCUAUUAUAUAUUUGGAGAAAAAGUGACCCUAACAUGUGAAGACGGGUACGAGAUGAGAGUCGCACCUGUGGCUACUUGCAGACGAUCAGGAACUUUUUUUAAUCGACGACAAGAUGGCGAAUUUGAUCCUGAGAUCAGACGCGACGCAUGUCAAAAACCAACGGUUUGUAUGCCACCACAACGUGAAGGAUUGGUUAUCUCGCCUCUGAAGAGGAGUUAUAUAGAAGGCGAUAUGAUCAUGCUAUCAUGCAGCGAAGGUUAUAAAUCGUCUUUCGAAGAAACCAUGAUAUGUGAGCGUUCGGCUUAUUGUGAUGGACAAAGAGACGUUACCGGAUGCUUUUUCCCACAUCUACCAAAGAAAGCAUGCAUUGAAAAACCAAAAUGCGACUCUCCAGCAAUGAAACCAGGAUUGAAUGUUUUGCCAAUGAAAGACAAUUAUUACGUAGGAGAUGACAUCACGCUUUCAUGCAGCGAAGGUUACAUAUUAGUAGGACAAUCGACAUCCACAUGUGCAACAAAAUCGAAGAAAUUGGACUACUUCCGUUCGUCCUCAAAAAGAAGAAUGGCUUUCUAUCCGCCAAUUGGAAAUACCAGUUGCAAAAAAAUAUUGGCUACACAGUAUGAAGUCUAGAUGAGUCUAUCAAAAACGAAAUGAAUAAUCAGGCUGAAGAAAAUACAAAUAUUUACAGCACUGAACCUUAAAUAGUUAUCAUUUACGCCGAGACUGUUCGUUUUUUAAGCUUCCUUGUAAUCAUUGGACUUAUCUUAUCUUAAUAGAUACUGCAAAUAAUACACGUAUGACACACUGCAAACGGCAUUGCAAUAUAUAAUAAAGUCAAAUAAUCAGA